CUCUCCCCACCAGGAGACAAAGCCUUUGCGCAGUUCCUGACUGAUGAGAUCAAGGAGGAGAAGAAGAUCCAGAAGCACAAGUCCCUGCCCAAGGUCUCUGGGGGCUGGGAGCUGGAGGUCCACGGCACGGAGGCCAAGCUGGUGCGGAAAAUCGCGGGGGAAAAGAUAACGGUUACAUUCAACAUCAAUAACAGCAUUCCACCCUCAGCUGAAGAAGACACACAGGAGCAGCAGAAACCUGAUGAGCAGGAGCCUGAACUUACAUCAACUCCAAACUUUGUUGUGGAAGUAAUAAAAGAUGAUACAAAACAGACCCUUGUGCUUGACUGCCAUUUCCCUGAAGAUGAGAUUGGACAUGAAGGAGAGGAAGAAAGUGAUAUUUUCACAAUUCGGGAGGUCAGCUUCCAGCCCACUGGAGAGGCCGACUGGAAGGACACCAACUACACCCUCAACACGGAUUCCCUUGACUGGGCUCUCUACGAUCACUUGAUGGAUUUCCUGGCUGACAGAGGAGUGGACAACACCUUUGCUGAUGAGUUAAUAGAGCUCAGCACUGCCCUGGAGCACCAGGAGUACAUUAAAUUCCUUGAAGACCUUAAAAGUUUUGUCAAAUGUCAGUAGGUCAGGCUAGGCAACUUACCCUCAAGUGUGGGUAUUCCACAGUGCUGCUUCAUCCAGCAAUACCCAAAUAUAUCUUCACAGUGGAUACAGAGUAAGUAAUGUGGAAGGUGGAGAAUGGGAGAAGGAGGAUUCCCACUUGGAUCUGGGGAUGUGCAGUGAUGGUGCAGCCCCAGUCAAGUUCUCUGAUGCUACAGGCCAGAAUUGCCUCACCCUGCACAGGGGUUUUUGUACAAUUAAGAGUGAAUGUGAAGAAUAAAAACUGUUCAACAUA